GAUUAAUUUCCUCUAAAUUAUUCUAAAAAAAAAAAAAAAUUCCUCUCUAAAUUUCCCCGUCCUUUCUUUCAUUACUUGUUUGUCUCCUUUUCCAUUUUCUUUCUCGAAGCCGAAGAUUUCGAAUUUUCCUUUUUUUGGCCGGAGAGAGAGAUCAAAGUGAGUGAUCGAUCGCCAUGGCGUCGCAGCAGCACCUGGAGAAGAUGCAGAUCCGGCAGAAUUACCGGAAUCUAUGGCACACUGAUCUCAUGAGCACUAUCAAGGCCGAUACGCCCUAUUGCUGCUUCGCGUUGUGGUGUGCACCUUGUGCGUCGUACUUGCUACGGAAACGAGCUCUGUACAAUGACAUGUCAAGAUACGUCUGCUGUGCUGGUUAUAUGCCUUGUAGUGGCAGGUGCGGAGAAAGUAGAUGCCCAGAAUUUUGCCUGGCAACUGAGGUUUUCCUGUGCUUUGGGAAUUCAGUGGCCUCAACUCGCUUUUUGUUGCAAGACGAAUUCAAUAUACAGACUACCCAAUGCGAUAAUUGCAUCAUUGGUUUCAUGUUCUGCCUACAACAAAUUGCCUGCAUCUUCUCCAUAGUCGCACUUAUAGUUGGCAGUGAGGAAAUCCAACAGGCAUCUCAGCUAUUAUCGUGUUUGGCUGACAUGGUGUAUUGCUCGGUGUGUGCAUGCAUGCAGACACAACACAAGGUGGAAAUGGACAAAAGAGAUGGUAAAUUCGGGCCUCAGCCAGUGAUGGCAGUGCCUCCUAUUCAGCAGAUGUCUCGCAUUGAUCAGCCAAUUCCUCCGUCGGUUGGAUAUCCGCCUCAACCAGCGUAUGGGCAACCUUAUUCUUACCCACCUGCUCCACAGGCUCAAGGCUACCCAGCUGCUGGUUAUCCACCUUCUGGCUAUUCUAGGUGAUUAUUUUACCACGUUGAUAUUUUGGGGUCCUUGCUUCGCAUGGAAAUAUUUUGUUUUUGCAAGUAAACUCAUUAAGAAGUUCCUUUGUCUAUUGAAGCUGACAUUACUACCAUCUAGCUGGGGUACUUCAUAGAUUUUACUUGCUUUUAGGAGUGGAAAUGCGUUUGGUUUGUUUUAUUAAAUUUAUUGAACUAUGAAACAAAAUACUGGAAAUACUUUAAUUUCGUCUUGUGUGGA